AGUACCAGUACUGGUACGGUACUCCGGAGCACCGGAUCGUUCUCCCGGCGUAUCUCGGCCGUCUCGUCGGCCUUCGAGUAUCAUAUCUCCUCUCUUUUCUUUAUACAAGAGUGAAAGAGAGAGAAAAGAAAAAAAAAAAAAGAAAAAGAGAAAGAAAUCAAGAAGAAAAAAGAGAAAGGAAGAAAGAAAGAGAGAAGGAGAAAAAAAGUCUACGCCGUUUCUAUCGCUUGAGAGAAGCUCUUCCUCGAGCAAUAUAACUAUCGGCUUCGAUCACGAAAAGUAAACGUUACUCUUCUCUUUUUUUCCCUCCGAAAGUCCCUCCGACCACCCACAACCCGGUCGACUAGUAAUCCUCAAUCCACGUUCGACCCCAAUAUCACUCGAUCUUAUUCUUCUUUCCUAUCUUUCUUUUUUUCUUUCUCUUACUAUCUCACUCUCACUCUCUCACUCUCUCUCUCUCUCUCUCUCUCUCUCUCUCUCUCUUCUUUUCUUUCUUUCUUUUUUUCUCCAUUUCUCUUCGCGGUUAAAAUUGUCCAUCUGUCUGUCUGUCUCUCAGUUUCUCAAUUCAUUCGUUUGUUUCUACUUUCCUUUUAUCCUCCCCUCCCCCAUCCCCUCAUUUCUUUCCUUUCUCUUUUUUCCUUUUUAAUUUUCAUUUUCAUUUUCAUUUUCAUUUUCAUUUUCAUUUUCAUUUGCAUUUGCAUUUGCAUUUUUUCCUUUUAUCUUCGUAUCACGGGUAUAUAGGUGUUCUCGUUAUAUUUUUCGCCGUCGUGACAACUAAUGUCAUUACUUUAAUUAUUUUCCCAUAUAUUUUAAUAACUUUUGUUUCGUAUGAUGUUUCAAAUUAGAAAAUAAUUUUAUUAUAAAAUGGGAAAAAAGUGUGCGUGAGAAUAAAAGUCCAGUGUCUUUGAACUUUCCGUAAACUCUUGUGGUAAGUCGGUGGGGAGGGGGUGGAGGUGGGGUGGGUCGUGUUGAAGGCAUCUCGAGUUUCAUCGCGUUUCACCUCUGUCUCUUUGUUUUUCUUUUUUUAAACACACACACACACACACACACACACUCUCUCUCUCUUUCUCUCUCUCUCUGUCUCUGUCUCUCUGUCUCUGUCUCUCUCUGUCUCUUUUUCUCUAUUCAUCCAUUGAAUCCCAUUAUCUGUCCUUUCUUUUUCUUAUCGUGCAACGAAAAAAUUUUUGUUUUUCUCGUGUCGAGCCACCGGCAGCCCCAUUGCUUUCCAGUGCAUAACUUGUUGCUCAUACGUAAGCAGUGAUCCGAAACGUUUUGUCGAUUUCAACCCGCAGAAUGUGAAGAAAGAAAGAGGGAGAGGGGAAGAAAGAAGAAGAAGAAGAAGAAGAAGAAGAAGAAGAAAAAGACGAAGAAGAGAAGAAGAAAGAGAAGGAGGAAAAAGUGGAGAAGGAGUGAAAAGAAGAAACCGGAAAAAAGUUUGUUUCUUUUGAUUUGAAAUUACAUAAGGAAAAUGCGCACUUGGGGUUGUUGUCAAUGACGAAUCUCUUCUUUUCUUCUUUCUUUCGAAACUUUAAGAGGAUGCAUUUGAAUUGAGGAGAAAAUAUCCCCUCUUCGAAAGGAAACCAAAAGGAUUUUCUCACAUUGGGCUCUGUUCGUCUAUCUUGUUACCCGCAGCUUAGAGUGCGGUAUAAAGGAUUCCUUGGAUUAUGAAAAACGUCUAAUAGAAAGAUGGAAGCUACGAAUUCUAUUGAUUUGAACGACUCGACGAAUUUCUAUAACGAAUCGAUGACAAUAGCUCGUUGAUACCAGUGAAAUUAAAUAUUCGAAUAAGACUGGGUUUAAGUUAAGAUCGGAUUGAUUACCGAUAAGCUGAUCAUGACGCGUAUCGCGAAAAGAUGAUGACCAGCGGUCGUUGAAGACCGCUAGAAAACCAGAUCUAUAGUCAUCUCAGAAUGGAGGAAAACGUUAGUAUCGCAACGAAUGCGACGGUGGAAAAUUUCGAUUUUGCCGAUCCAUGGGUCAUCCUGAGGGCUGUCAUAUUGGCUCUUUUGAUCCUCGUCACUAUCAUAGGGAAUUCGUUCGUAAUAGCGGUGAUCCUAGUGGAACGAAGCCUACAAUCCGUAGCAAAUUAUUUAAUCGUGAGUUUGGCCGUCGCCGACCUUAUGGUUGCCUGCCUCGCCAUGCCACUCGGGGCUGUUUACGAGAUAAACUCGAGAUGGUCUCUCGGGCCGGAACUCUGCGACAUAUGGACGAGCAGCGACGUCCUUUGCUGUACGGCAUCGAUAUUGCAUCUGGUGGCUAUCGCGGUCGACAGAUAUUGGGCCGUCACCGAUCUCAAUUAUAUACAGGGAAGGAGUCCAAAGAAAAUCGGUUUCCUGAUUGCCAUGGUUUGGAUUGUUUCUUUGGGAAUUUCAUUGGCACCCCAAUUUGGUUGGAAAGAUCCAAAUUACUUGGAACGUAUAGCAGACGGUGAAUGUCUCGUUUCUCAAGAUCCAGCGUAUCAGAUUAUCGCAACAUGCGCAACAUUUUAUCUACCCUGUCUGCUUAUUCUCUUUCUUUACUGGAGGAUAUUUCAAACAGCUCGGAAACGUAUUAGAAAGAGACCAGGAACGAUCGUUCAACCCUCUCGCGAAAGAAGAGGUAUCCUACGGCUGGUAACGAGAAGGCAAAGGGAGGAAUCAACAGCGUUCACUAUAACACGUUCAACCCCGGAUCAUUCGUCGAUUUCACCGGAAAAGUCGUCGUCGUAUAACGACGGAAACGUAGCGCAAUCAGCGGUCGUGAACGUUACGCCAGUAACGACGAGCACUACAGCAAACUCGUCGAAUUCUACGGGUCAGCCAACGAGCUCAUCAACAGCAACAACAACAGCAACAACAGGAGCAACAACAACGGCAACAACGGCAGGAGUAAUAACAACAACGACAACGACACCGGCGACAACAACGAUGACGACGUCAACGAGUAGGCCAAGUUCAGCGUCUACGUCGACGACGGUACGUCAGGCGACAUCGACGAAGAGAAGUCGUGAAACGAUAGAAUCUAAACGUGAAAAGAAAGCAGCCAAGACAUUGGCAAUCAUCACCGGUGCCUUCGUCGCCUGUUGGCUACCAUUCUUUGUUCUCACGCUUCUACGUGUUAUCUGUUAUUGGUGCCAAAUACCCGACGUAGUAUACAAUGUCUUCCUCUGGCUUGGCUAUUUCAACAGUACCCUCAAUCCUGUCAUCUACACCAUCUUCUCACCCGAAUUCAGGCAAGGUUUCAAGAGAAUGCUUUGUGGUAGUUCAAGAGUGACCCGCUGACAUUGGAUUUAAUUUCCUUUCCCUUAAUACCAUUAUUAACGAUAAUUAAAACCAUUACAAUCACGACCACAAUCAUCCACGACAACACCAACGACACCAUUGGUACUAUCCUCCCUGAAAGGAGGAAGCUUUAAUCUCUUCUUUCUCUGUUUUUUCUUUCUCCUUCACUCUCUCUCUCUCUCUCUCUUCCUCUCUCUUUCUCUCUCUCCCUCUCUUUCUCGUUCACGCAUAUGCCUCUGAAAGAAUAAUAGCAGAUAUGAAACUUUCAUAUUUUUUCAAUUUUUUAUUCCUUUCAAAGUGUCUUUUCAAUCAGAAUUUCUUAAUCGCAAACGUUUAACAAUUUUCUUUAUUAAUUUAAUCAUAUUAAAAUGUAAGAAUUCAAGAAAAAAAAAAAAAAUAACGAAAUUUAUCAAGGUAUAUCAGCUAUUAUCUUCUCUCUGUCUCUCUCUCUCUCUCUCUCUUUCUCUCUCUCUCUCUCUCUCUCUCUCUAUCUCUAUCUCUCUCUCUAUCUCUGUGUCUCUCCCGUUUAGAUUUAUUCAUACAACGCAAGAUACACACGGGCACGCCUUCACUUUUUCUUCCUUCUUCCUCUCUGCCUUAUCAAUAGUAAAUAGCUAUGUAUUGUAUCUCGUGUAUAUAAAAAAUAUAUACAUAUGUUCUAGGAUAAAAGUCAAAUUUGAAUCAUGGGCCAAAAACCAUGAGAUCGUGAAUAUACAUACAUACAUACAUAUAUACAUACGUACAUAUAUACAUACAUACAUACAUACACAUAUGCAUACAUGCACAACAACAUUUUCUUCUCGCGAAUGUAAUAACAUAUAUAGGUACAUACAUACACGUGUAAUUAAACUUACAUAUGAGAUCACGUGUUUUGUCGUGGUCAACAUUGAACAUUGUCCUUUUUUUCUUUCUUUUUUUUUUUUUUUUUUGUUGUGGCGAACGAUUUACCUUUUAGCCAUUCCAACUCUCGGCUGUAUCGACAAUUAGUAGUGGCAUCUCUACUGAUCUGAAUCGUUCGACCGAGAGAACGAAAAAAAAAAAAAAAAAAAAAAGAAAAUAGAUAGAGAGAAAAAAGAGAGAGAGAGAGAGAGAAAGAGAGAGAGAGAAAAGAGAAAAAGAGAUAGGGACCGUAAUUUGUGUGCAUGCGAAAGAGAGAGAGAGAGAGAGAGAGAGAGAGAGAAAGAGAGAGAGAGAGAGAGAAGGAGAAAGAAAGAGAAAGAAAGAAAAAGAAAAAGAAAUCGAGAAAGAAGCGUUUCGCAAUUACUCACGUCUGUAAAACGCAUUAGAACGGCUUUUAAAGCAUCACUUUUAAAAGUACAUACUGUUUAAGAUGGCUAUAUCUCUACACAAUAUUUAUCUAUCCUUUAUUCCAUCAUGUAACAUACGUCUCUAUAGAAACAAACACACACACAAACACACACACAGCCUUACAAAAACAGACACACAGACGCACGCAAGCACACACACGCACGUACGUACAAAUAUUAGAGCAUAACGAGAAGAAAACGAGAAACUACGAGGAACUAAUGAAUUCUAAUUGUAAGAGAUGGUGAGAGAAAGAGAGAGAAAGAGAGAGAGAGAUAGAUAGAUAGAUGGAGAGAGAAAGAGAAAUUUGUCAACUUCGAAUUUGCUUACGAGUAUAUUACGACCGAUCGUGAGAGGAAAGACUAAAACUUAUUGUUAGCAUGAGAAAGAGAUAGAUAGAGAUAGAUAGAUAGACGAAGAGAGAGAGAGAGAGAGAGAGGAAGAGAGAAAGAGAGAGAGAGAGAGAGAGAGAGAGUGAGAAAGAAGAUCAAAUUUGAAUUCUCUGUAUUUGUGAUAAAUUUACGGGGAAGAACUCCCAUAGAGUUCAAGGAUGCUCAAUUCGUUUGAAACCUCCUUUUCUAUAACUUAGUUUGAUUCUUCUCAUUGAAAAGUCGAGUGUAUGUGUCUCGAAAAGUGAAUUUUGCGAGAAGAAAUGUGGAGAUCAAACGAAUUUCAUUCACUCUACGAACAACGGAAUAAAUAGAAGAUCGAUCUUUUUUUUACCCCUCCAAUCUCUUUCGUUUCUUCCUUUUUUUUUUACUUCUUUUUUCUUUUUCUUUUUUUUUCUUUUCCUUUUCGAUUUGUCUAAAAAUAUUACGAUCUCUUUUUAACAGAUUAAUUGGAUGAGAAGGAUUUUUUUUUUCUUUUUUUUUUUUUUUUUUUUUUUUUUUUUUUAAAUAAAAAUUAUAUUCUUCCGAGGAAUAAUCUUUUCAAGUCUGUCAGAUUUGUAUUUUUUUUUUUUUUUUUUUAUAAAACCAUGCUGAUAUUUAUUUAUUUUCUUUUUGUCUUCGUUUUAUUUCUAAAUAUUCCACAUGUUUUAUUGAUAAAUUAAAUAUUUCAAUUCUAUUUGAAAGAAAUUUGUAUUCCUUCGAAACUAGAUCGCGUAUGUAUCGCACGUAUUUACAUACGAUUUUUAUUAUUACAUAUGAAUGAAAUAAAUAAAGUUAUUUAAUGAACGAACAUUGGUUAAACUUUUAAGAAAUUUUUCUUCUGGACGUUCGAAAAGAUUUGUUAAAAAAAAUUCACGAUAUCGUAAAUCUCUUAUCAAAAAGUCUCCGGCUGUCUAAUAUUUCUUUUCUCUCCACUUUUCUCCUGUAUUUAUCCUCGAGCGAUCACCGUGUUUCGACGUUAAUAAUAAUGAUUAUUAUUAUUAAUGCGAAAUUUCAAGGAUAAAAAAGAAAAAAAAAAAAAAAAGAAAAAAAGAAAAAAAAAGAAAAAAGAAAAAAUGAAAAAGAGAAAAAAAAGAAAUAAAAAUUUGAAGACGAAAUAAAGUAAGAUGCGAUACGUAUGUCUCAUCUCUGUAAGAUAGGAUAUACAAGUGGAAGAAGGUAUAUAAUAAGACUUGUUUCAAACUAAAUGAAAAAUGUUAGAGAGAAGAUAAAGGGCAAAGGUCAUUAGAAUUAGAUAACGGGGGAGGGGAGGAUAUCUUUCUUCAAAGCUUUUAAAUAAAGAUAAUCAUUUCUUUCGUACUGACAUCUCUCUUCUCUCUCUCUCUUUUUCUUUUUUUCCAUUAUUUUUUUCUUUUUAUUUUAUUUCAUUUCUUCUUUUUUUCUGUUUCUUUUUCUCCUUUUUCUUUUUUUCUUUUAUUCUAUUUUCUACGAUAAAAUUCGCAAUUUAUUUCGAGAAGACGCCCUUUUUUCUCCCCCGAUUCAUCAUCAUUCCUAUCGUGUUAAUAUUUAUCUCUUUCACAGUCCGUACUUUUCUCUUUUGUCUUUGAGCUUUCGCAAUAGUAGAAAUAACAUAGUAGCAAUGUAAUAGCCCAAUGUAAAAAAAAAAUGCUAUAGAUUCAAUACAAUCCGCAAAAAUAUCGACAUUUUUCUAUUCGGUGACAGAAUAGAUUGCUAAAGUUUGAUUAACGAGUCAGUAUAAUUGUAUGUUCGAACAUUAAAUGUUUCUUUUUUUCACGAUAUCUCUCUCUCUCUCUCUCUCUCUCUCUCUCUCUCUCUCUCUCUGUAUAUAUAUAUAUAUAUAUAUAUAUAUAUAUAUAUUUUAUCUCUAACAUGAUCGAUCGUGUAUAUCCAUUCAUCCAUGAUCGUGAAUGAUUUUUUAUUGAACGAUUUAUACUUCGUCAUGUCGUGUAAUCUUUCUCGUUUAUUUUAUAUUUUUGAUAAAAGCAAAGAAAAAGAGAUAAAAAAAAAAAAAAAUCCUCAAAAUGGAUUUAUAUAAAAAUUCAAGAACUUUUUCUAUAUGGAAAGUAACGGCGGGGUGGGAUGGGACGGUGGGGUGCGAGGGAAAAUGGGGAAAAUAACAAUCAUUCGUAAGAUAAUUCCUGUUUUAUGCAUAUGCGUAUGCAAUCGCAAAUUUUAUUCUUCUUUCAUGUAACAUUAUCACAACGAAUAACGGGACGAGGAUGAAAUUGCGAAGUUUCGAAUGGAAAUCAGAGAUAUUGCGACGCUUGUAUUUUCGUCAGAACGAAGACAAAAGCAAAUUGUUCCGUGGAAAUACGGGUAUAGCACGCAAAUUGCAUACGAAGUGUAAUUUAACGAAAUCAUAGUCAAACAAGCGGGCAAACAGAGAACCAUAAUAUUGCAUCGCAUUUAGCCUUAUCAGACAUUUUCUCUGGUAAGGAAAGGAGCUUUGGAUAUUUCGUGCGAAGAACUUGUGCUUAAUACUUGUCACGUGUGAAGACACGUGAAAGGUUAAAAAAGAAAAAGAAACACACGCACAGAAAAAAAAACCAAGAAAGAGGAAAAAGAGAAGAGGAGGGAAAAGGAAAAAAAGAAAAUAUUUAUAAAAAGAUUUUUGUGAACUAUGUGUGUGUGUGUGUGUGUGUGUGUGUGUGCUUUAUUAUCUCUGUGUGCGUGUGCGUCUAUGUGUACGUGUGUACGUGUGUGCGUGUACAUGUAAAUCUCUUCGUAUAAACGAAAGACGAAUUUUAACGAGAGCGUCGCGUAGAUCGAAUUGUUAUAUCGUUAUACGUGUCGUUAUUUCUUUUUUUUUCUUUUUUUUUUUUUUUUGAUAUUUUCCUUUUUAGUUUUUUCUUUCCGUUUUCCUUUGUUAUUUUUUUCUUUUUUUUUUUUUUCUUCUUUUUUCUUUUUUUUUCUACCAAAGUUAUAGACUCGUUAAGUCGAAAAUAAAAAGGAAAGCAAAUGGCGGCAAAGACGUGCCAUACGUUGUACCUUAGCCAAUUUGUUUCUACGCUCGGCCAAAUCUUUUCAAAUACAAAAUUUGGAAAUGUCUUAUUCGAUCUCCUCGUUCCCCAUUAGAAAAGUUAAACGCCACUCUAUUUCUACGUUAUACUUUCAAAUCGAAUGAGAAUUGUAAUGAAAUUUGUUGUUCGCACUUUGAAAAAUAUUUUAAAUGAUAUCAAAAUUUUAAAUAAUAUUACGAAUACGACAAACAGACUCGAUAGGAUGUUUUGGUUACAAUUGAUUGAGUCCAAUGUUUCGCCGUAGUUGAAUGCUAAAAAGAGAGAAAGAAAAGAAAAAUAAGAAAAGAAAAAAAAAAAAAAAGAGAAAAAAGGAAAAGGAAAAAAAGAAAAAAAAAAGAAGAAGAAAACACAUGUAAUAAACAUUUAGAAAAUGUCGUAAUGUCAGAGAGAGAGAGAGAGAGAGAGAGAGAGAGAGAGAGAGACUUCGAAGAAA